UCCAUUUUAUCGCAAUAAUUACACCUAUAUAUCACCAUGGCGUCGGUGUCUGAUAAAAAGGGUGGCACUGAGCCCUUUGGUGGCGCUAACCCUGGCGAUGCCAGUGUAUUGGAGGUGGUUAACGUAAAGAAAUUUCUGGAAUCUCGAUGUUUCGAGAUUGAGGAAUUGAUAUCGCAUGUCAAACGUAGUGACAAGCAGGAUCGUGUAUUUCAACGUUUACCAUUUGUUCUUCGUCGUCGUGCAACAUCGCAUAAUCCUUUUCGUGUCCCUAAGAAGUUGCGUUUGCAUCUUGCUCGUGAGAUGGUGCGUAGCAUGCCCAAAUGUUCUAAGCGGUUACGUAAGGAUGUUCGUCGUCGUUUAAACCGUUUGGAGGAGUACCGUCGUCGUUGUGAGCGUAACCAAUGGCUUGAGACUCACUUGUAUCAUGCCAAAAGGUUCAAGAUGGCUACUAUUUGGGGUUACCGUAUAGCUUUUCGUUCUUCUCAGAAGUGUAGACGUCGUUGCAUUCGUGCUUGUAAGCGUCGUUGUGUAAUCCAUGAUUUAUCUUAUGUUCGUGCUGUCGGUGUUUCUGGUAAACUAUCUGUUUUACGUGAUGCUUUCCGUUUAAUUUUUUCCGAUUCGGCUUUUAUGUUUCAAGAACGAUUAUUAUCUGGUGAAUAUAGAUCCACGGCAUAUGCCUACUCCUGUAGAGAUACUGGAUAUCAUAUGAUAUGUCCCACCAGCUUCAUUUGGAUACAGCAUGAUGGAGUUGCAUCAGCUUCGGAUGCUACUCGUGAGAUCUGGUUUUUCGUUCACCCUUCAUCUAUUAAUGAGUUUAUGGAUACUGUCAAGCAGAGUAGUGAUCAGUUAACCUGCUAUAAGGUGAAAGACCUCUGCACUUUCGAGGUCAUUGGUCCAUUAUCUGCCUUGCUGUUGCGUAGUGUUCUUAAGCUAGAUCCAGGUAUAUCUACGGGUAACUCUCUUUGGAAGCGUUUAAAUCCCUAUGAUAUUGAUAUUCCUCCUUGCUACGUAUUACCCUUGAGUGUUGAGACUUCCGUGAUAUACGGUAACAGGCGUCCUGAUUUAAAACUUAGUGGCAUGAACUUCCAGGAGGAUAGAUCACAUAGCUUCACUUUGGAUCACGUUUUGUUGGCUGAGCGUAUGCAUCUUCCAAACUACGAUCUUUCGGGUAAUUUCGAACUACUGACAAAGGUGAACAUUCCUCGCCUCCGUCGGCGCAAUUACGCCCAUAAGGUAUCUCAGCUAUUGUCGUCACUUGCUGUUACUCCUGCUGGGAAAUCUAUGUCUAGUGAUGAUAAAGUUGAGAGUAAUAUAGCGAGUGUGCUCCAGUCCAAUGAUUCAUCUUCCGAUGCAACAUCGCAAACUCCAACGACAGAAAGUGGCACUAAAACUGUCCCUAUAUGGCUAGUUCGUCGCGGUGACUCUUUAUCUGGUUUUGACGUCAUUAUUCCUGCUGGUACCAUUGCACGUCGACUUUGGGUUCUUUUGAAUCGUUAUGGCGGCUUGGGUAUUGGUCUUGCAGAGCGUGAGAUGGUAUAUGCUGAAUAUGGUCAAUGUUCCUUUCCUCAGGACUAUCCCGAUACUCCUGCAGGUCAUAUUCUUUGGAAAUCUUCUGCUGCAGACUCUAUAAACAAGUACCUUUCAACUCCUGCCAACAAGCGUCCAAAUUAUCGGUAUAUGGGUAACGACAGGCCAUUCCAUUUACCGAUAUUAACUAGUGCAGAGAAUCCGUCUUGUGAUACCAAUGCUGUGGACAAUGAUCGUGAUAUCCAUCCUAGAGCUGGCUGGAAGAGUACUUCCUGCCGUAGUUCUACCAGUGCUGACGACCCUAGAUUUUUGAAAAACCUUCCUGCUGAAUGGGUUCCUCGUGCUUUCGUCGGUCGUACUGGUGGUAACUAUCUGCGAUCCAAGUACUUGCUUAUGAGUUGUGUUACUGCAGGUAUCCACAAGGUAUACCCUGAACUGGAGCCAUUCCAGGUAAUUCGUGCGACACGUCUUCCAUUUACAGCUUCAAACGGCCGGUUACGCAGUUUAAUCGCUAGAAACUUGGACCCAGCUUCACUCAGUUCAAUAUCGCCUGGGAACAAUAUGUCGUUAUCAUGUAUUGUUCAUCUCCCAUGCCGUGGUUCAUUGCAUGUAAGGGAUCGAUUGUACAUCCCUUCUAAGGAUGACUUAGAGUCAUGCCCAGGAUUCUUAUCUGCCAUAUUUCGAGGACAAUUAGGGACUUGCUUGUCCCGAUGGAUUACGUCAGCCAAUGUUAAAGGUGCCAGUACCAAUAAUGGUCCUAACUUGAGCAAAACGGUUUCACGUGAUAUUCGUUUACUUGAGCCCGGCCACGAGGAGUACAAGCUUUCUAAUUUGAAGCAUCUGUUUGGCUGCAAUGGCAAGUGUAAGCGUGUGAAUCCCAUUGAUGCCAUUCAUGGCAUGAGUGAGCUUGAGACACGCUGGCAUCCUAAUAUUCGUAGGUGUUUUGGCUCAGUGACAUCAGUGGGCUACACUCGUAAAGGCAUCUGUGUAAUUCAGCUACCUGGUUUUCUAGAAAUACUACGUAUGACAUUGACCGUUUGUGACCUUAUUCUACCACCAAAUAUACCAUUGGACCAAAUACAUCUGUUUGUAUGGAUCAGGAGCAUUCAUAGCCGUGUUUAUAUUCCGGGCAUCAUUUCCCUUGCGGUGAGCGACGGUUUAGCAAGCACUGGUUAACACCAGUCUCACAUCUCAGAAA